AUGGUGACUAUAAGAUCCAAUAAAGCUACUGGUCAACCUGGGAGGAAGACGUUUGUGUUGCUAGGAUGUGAAAGAGGCGAAAAAUAUAGAAAAUACAAACCCGACCAACCUAGUACAUAUGGCACCCGAAAAUGUGAGUGUCCUUUUCAGUUAAGGGGCAAGCCAUCUAGUAAUGGCGAUGAGUGGAUAUUGCAAGUGAUAUGUGGAUACCACAACCACGAUUUAGCAAAAACUUUAGUGGGGUAUCCUUAUGCUGGCAUAAGAAACAAAAGACUUGUUGGACGAGUAUCCAAAUAUGCUUUGGAACUAAUAGCUGAAGAAUUAGAACAAGUACAUCUUAUAGGACUCGAUAGGGGAAGAUGUGGAUGCAUACUUAGAUGGACCUACGGUGUCACCUAUGCUUGUGAAUUAGCACGUUAUGCCCUUGGUAUGAUUCCUUUGUGUGAAUUUCAUGUGAUGUGGACAAGAUUGUCUAUUUCAAAUAUUGUAUCAAAUGAAUCACAACCAGAGUUAUCCAUACAACGUGAGCUUGCUAUGGUUGAAGAAAAAUUUAAGGAGGUUGAGAUUGGAGGACUCGAGGAAGAUUCUUGGCCCAUUAUACGAAAUGAUCAUUAUAAAGAACUGAGUCAGUGGCGUGAUGAAUAUGCGACACUAGUGGGAGGCUAUGAUCGACUAGAAGAGCUAAGGAGGUCUUUGAUGGUGGACCCACAGCUAAUGCAACCAAGUGGAUGA